GAAUGUUCCGACGAAUUUGUGAAAUAGCCGCCAAAUUCUAUAAAAGUAUGCACAAUGAUGAUGUUGCAUGUGGAAUACUUACUACACAAUUAAUUAAUUAUAAAAGCAGGGAUUACUCAUUCGACUUUGGCUACGAUUCAUCUAAAACACCCAGUUUAUGGUGGGGUGUAAUAAAGGAUGAUUACUCCUAUCUCCAGAAUCUUGCGAAAGCUAUUUUUGUAUCAAAUAAUAACAAACUUGAAAUCGGCCUAAUAGUCGAUUUUUCACAUGCAAAUUUUGGUAGACAAAGUAAUGCUGAAGAAUUAUCUCGUAUAACACAAAGAAGUGGUAAUAUGGAAUUUGAUCCUGUAGCAAUUGUAGAAAGAGAAUUUCAAUUUUUUAAUGACGAUUUAUUAUAA